CCUCUACUCAUCUCGCUCCCCUGUGGGUGGAGUUUGUCACUGAGGACUGAACAAGAUUCAAUCAACAGAGCUAGUUGCUGGUUUAGAGCAGAGGGGAGCGGGCAGGUAGGCAGAAGAAGAAGAAGAAGCGGAUCAGCUCCUGGCCGAUCAUGUGACCUGGUAAAGAGCUCACAAACACAAUAUCAACAAACAACCAGAGGAAAAUGUAGCUUCUCCUCAAGAGGAAGACAUCCCUUGAUUUGCUGAAAUCCCCGUCUGAAGUGUGUUUCUGAGAGUGAUCCAGCUUCCGCUUGGAGCCAGUCUUUGGAGACCUUACAGGACGUGGGAUUGUGACUGACAGUGAUGGGUUCACGGGGUCAAACACUACCCUGGACCUUGUUUCCAGUGCUUCUGCUGGCAAUGACCUAUUCAUCACACUGUUCCCUUGUGAAAGUCAAUAAGGGUUUAAAGGUGAAACGAGGUCAGUCGACCUACCUCCAGGAGGGUGACCUGCAGUUCCAUAUUCCCCGUCAGAAGGAUGCAUGCAAGGUGGAGGUGGUGUUAAAUGAGCCCAUCACUCAGCGAGUGGGAAAACUCCUGCCUCAGGUAUUUGACUGCCACUAUCUGGCUGAUGAGGUGAAGUACGUCCACAACGGCUGUCCGUUGUUAAAGGAGGACGCUGUCAAGCUCCGACUGUACAGGUUCACAGAGACAGAGACACACAUGGAGGUGUUUUCUCUCCACGUGGACAUUAUGGAACCUGAAUGCAGCAUCAUAAAGCUGGGGCCCAAAUUCCUGGAGGUCCCUGAGUUCUACAGCCUCUCUGAUGUCGUGGAUGGUAAUGUGGUGUCCUUCCACUAUGAGAGGAGGUCUAGCCUGGAGUGUAGCAUCCAUCUGAGCGGCCAUGACACCCACCUGCCAGCCCACGGCCAGCUGGUCACCGGAGAGCCAGAGAGAGCCAUGAAGAGAGGGGAUGAGCCAGAGAGCUUCAUCCACUUACGUCAGCAGCUAGAUAAUAAAGCCAGAGCGAUGUGUAAAUCCGAGGACUGCCUGAAGGGUCUGAAACUGCCUAAGUUUACCAAAAUUCCCUGUGACGACUUCCUAAUGAUGGGGCUGAGAUACCAGCACAUAGACCCUCCAUCGCCAGACGUGGACUACAUCGCAAUCAGACUGGACCUUAAGGACACCAGGAGUGGCAGCAUAUAUCAGUCCGAGCAGGCCUGGAUUCCAGUGCGGAUCGCCGGUGCAAUGCCCAACCAGCCUCCCAAACCGUCCUUCAUGUCCAUGUUCAUCCUGGAGGUGGACCAGUUCAUCCUAACGCCGCUGUCCACUGCUACACUAGACGCCGAGGACGAGGAAACUCUCAAACAGCUUUUGGUUUUCAACAUCACCAAACCCCCUGCAGACGGCUUCAUCACCCAUCUGUCCGACCACACUCGCCCGGUCUUCUCCUUUACCUGGCUCGAUCUCAAUGACAUGCUCAUUGGGUAUCAACCUCCGAACUCCUCACAUAGCCAGCGCCGAACUUACCAGGUGGAAUUUGAGGUUCAUGAUUUUUUCUUCGAGAAGAGCCAAUCAAUGACUGUUCAUGUGUCUGUAAGGAAUGCAGAUACAAAUGCACCUAGAGUGUCUUGGAACAUGGGUCUCAGUCUGUUAGAGGGUCAGUCUCGGCCGAUCAUGUGGGAGCAGCUCCAGCUUGUGGACAACGACAACCUGAAUGCCGUUCGUAUCAUCACUGUGGACGGCCUGCAGCACGGACGGCUCACUGUCAGAGGUGGAAAGGGCUUCAUGUUCACUGUCAAUGACAUCAAGGCAGGCGUGGUCCGCUAUCACCACGACGACAGCGACUCCACCAAAGACUUCAUCAUCUUCCGGAUCACCGACGGCCACCAUCAGACCCGACACAAGUUCCCCAUCAAGAUCCUGCCGAAGGACGACAGCCCUCCGUUCCUCAUCACCAACAUGCUGCUGGAAGUGUCAGAGGGACAGAUGGCUCUACUGAGAGGCUCGAUCCUCCAGGCCUCGGACAUGGACUCCAGCGACGACUACAUCCUCUUUAACAUCACCCGCCCCCCACAGGCAGGAGAGGUCAUGAAAAUCCCAGGACCGGGGCUCACAGGUUAUCCUGUCAGACACUUUCUGCAGAAAGACCUGUCCCAGUCCAUGAUUUACUAUCGACACCUCGGGAAUGAGGUGUUUGAUGACUCCUUUGAGGUGGUGCUGUCGGAUUUCCACGACCCGCCCAACCUGUCCGAGACUCAAGUGUUGAUGGUUCACAUAGAGCCUGUUCCAGACCAACCGCCUAAAGAGGUCCCUGGGUCCACCCGAUGUCUUGUGAUCAAAGAAACCGAAGUGCUCCAUAUAACACGACAACAUCUUCACUUUGUAGACCAGGAGUCUCCAGACAGUGAGCUCACAUACACAGUCACCACUCCACCUUUCUACAAUGGUCCUCAUAGCAGUCCUGAUGCUGGGAGGUUGUUCUUGGUAGACAGCAUACCCAAAUUCACCAAAGACUCCAAUGCGCCAGUUCUGAGGCUCUUCACGCAGCAUGCAGUGAACUUCAUGAAAGUUGCCUUCAUGCCUCCCAUCAUGGACAUCGGCCCUUACCCCCAGUACAUCCAAAUGAUUCUCUCUGUAACCAACCACCUGGGCAAAACAGUCCCUGGCAUCUGCUUUAACAUCACCGUGGUGCCAGUAGACAACCAGCCACCACAGGUCAUUACCAACCCUCUGGCUGUAGAUGAGGGAGGGGAAUGCUGGCUCGGCCCGGAGCACCUGCUGCUGUCGGACGUGGACUCCAUGGAACAAGUCAUCCAGGUGGAGCUUCAGAGGGACCCGCGACACGGAGCUCUGCAGCUUGGCGGCCUCCCGCUAAAACCAGGACAAGUUUUCACCAUGCAAGACCUGAAAAGCCUUAAAGUUAGGUACAGUCACGACGGCUCAGAAACUGUAGAGGACAAUAUUGAAUUCACCGCAACAGAUGGCACCAAUUCGGUCAGUUUUGUCCUGCAAGUGAAGGUGAAACCCGUCAAUGACGAGGUCCCGGUGUUGGCUCCUGGCUUGAAGCCGGUCCUCAGCUGUGAGGAGGGACAGGAAAUAGUCAUCACAGCAGAGUUUAUCUACGCCACAGACGCGGACAGUGACAACAGCACCCUCACCUUCCUGAUCGCCCGGCAGCCGUAUCAUGGUGUGGUUCUCCGGAGCGGUGUCAUCGUCGAUCGCUUCAUCCAGGCCGACAUCACUGCAGGGAUCAUUGCCUACAAACACACAGGGCUGGAGAUCGGACUCACUCCUCGCCGUGACACCAUCACCUUUGUUAUUUCUGACGGAGACACAGAAAAGUCUGCUGCAUGCUGCGAUGGAGGAAACCCCGGCAGGACCAGAGGCACUGCUCAGCACAGCCUGCCCGUGUAUGACCUCCGCAUCACGGUGUUCCCAGUCGACAGCCAGCCACCCUCACUCAUAACAGGAGACAUCUUCACGGUGGAUGAGGGUGGGACCGCCCCGAUUACUGCGUCUCACCUGAAGGCCUCUGAUGUGGACACGGUCCUGGACGAGCUGGUGAUCAGUCUGAUUUCUCCGCCACAGUUUGGCUACAUUGAAAAUGUCCUGCCCAGUCCCGGCUUUGAGAAAAGCAACACGGGCAUAAGCAUAGCCUCCUUUUCAUACAGAGACAUCAUCGAUGGCCACGUGAACUACGUCCAGUCCAGACACCAGAGGAUGGAGCCCACCGCCGAUCAGUUCAUGCUCUGCGUAUCAGACGGCAAACACAGCUCUGCCCAUGUCCCCUUCUACAUUAUCAUUAACCCGACUAACGAUGAGAUCCCAGAGUUUGUGGCUCGCAACAUCACAGUCCGAGAGGGAGAAACGAAGCAGCUGGACUCGUCCGUGUUACACGCCAUGGAUCUGGAUGUGCCCAAGAACAUCCUGCGCUUCAGCGUGGUCAAAGCCCCGCAGCACGGCAGCAUCGUCAACCGCGGCAGCGAGAAGCCGCCCGGCAGGAGACGGGAGGCCGGUGCUCGGUCCCCAGUGGUCGACUUCACAAUGGCUGAUCUUACAAACGGUAUGGAUCUGAUGUACAUGCACGAUGACUCGGAGAACACGGAGGACAGUUUCACCAUCCAGCUGACGGACGGCAGGCACCGCCUCCACAGACAAGUGGCGGUCGAAGUGGUGCCGGUGAACGACGAGGAGCCUCGUGUCAUCAGGAACAAUGGGCUGGAGGUGGAGCCAGGAGAGGCCAGGCUUAUAUCAAGUGUCGCACUGUUUGCACAGGACAGUGACACUCCUUCUUCCGAGGUCAUGUACAUAUUGGAGAGCGUUCCUACACAGGGGAUACUUCAGCUGAAGGAGGGUCAGGACUGGGUGACACUGACAGCGGGGAGAAACUGCACGCAGGAGAGGGUGGACAUGAACCUUCUGCGCUACGUGCACACAGGCGUGCACGGUGCCAAAACGCAGGACUUCUUUGUGUUCCACUUGUUGGACGGAGAGAAUCGAUCCCCGCCGCAGCACUUCCACAUCUCGGUCAAAGACCUAGAGAAAGGAAAUAUCGCCAUCUUUGUGAGGCCGGUGAACGUCAGCCGAGGGGACCGCGUGGUUCUCACCACAGACGUGCUGUUAGCCACGGACCAUACGGACAAGCCCGAGGAGCUGCUGUAUGUCGUCACCAACCCUCCUCCUCAUGGGCACAUAGAGUACAUCAAACACCCUGGACUGGCCAUCUCCACCUUCAGCCAGAUGGACAUUGCCGCCAACCUUGUGGCUUACGUGCACGACAACAGUGCCAGCACACCCACGGAAACCUUUCAGUUUGUUGUCAGUAAUGGUAAGACCAGCCGAAAUGGCAGCUUUGUGAUCACGGUGGAGAUGGUGGAUCGCGUCCUGCCAUCCCUGUCCUCCAACAAGGGCCUCUCAGUGCCACAGGGCUCUUCCAUGAUCCUGGGUCCAGACUGCCUGGCCAUGUCUGACCCUGACACUCCACCCAGUGCCCUCACCUUCGUCCUCCUGCAGCCCCCACAGUAUGGCAGGCUGCUUUUAGGUGGGGCCACGCUAACUGCUGGCUCAAACUUCACCCAGAGGAACAUCCAGGAGCUGGAGGUGACGUAUAAACACGAUGCAGGGCCAUCACAGAUCGACCGGUUCGCCUUCACUGGCUCUGACAGCACCGGUCAGGGUUUCCUGGUGGACGGGCGCUUGCAUACGGCACCUGUGUUCUUCACAAUCCAGAUCAAGCCUUUGGAUAAAUCCUCUCCUGAGGUUGUGAAGCUGGUUCCUCUCUGGAAAGCUGAGCUUUUAGGCGACGGACGGUAUGGAAUCUUCCUGUCGUCUCGGGAGCUCAAGGCCCAGGACAGCGACAGCAGAGAUGAUGAGCUGAUGUUCUGCAUCGUUCGCCAGCCUUACUUCGGCUACCUGGAGAACAUGACAACAGGUGCUUUUGUACCGCAGCGCUUCUUUCAGACGGAGCUGAACAAGAGAACUGUUGUCUACGUCAUCAACCCGGACAGGGAGUCUCUGUCAGACAGCCUGGAGUUCACAGUGUCUGAUCCUUUAGGGAACACCGGGCCCUCCCACAUACUUGAGUUCAGCUGGUCCAGCGUGGAGCUGUCUCAGCCUGAGUACUCUGUGUGUGAGGAGCAGGGGACUGUCUCGCUGGACGUCAUCAGGAGAGGAAACCUGGCAGAGUCAUCGUACAUCACUGUAAAGGUGAAGGAGGUGACUGCGACGAUUGGAAAAGAUUUCCUCAUAAGCCCGUCUUCCCUCAUUCAGUUUGAUCCAGGAGUGUCAAAGAGGAGCUGGCACGCUGAGAUCAUUCAGGAUCACCUUGAGGAGGCCGAGGAGACGUUCGAAGUGCUGCUGGUGUCCCCCGAGGGCACGGUGAUCAGCAGCAUCCACACGGCUCAGGUCAUCAUCAGAGAGUCCGCGGGUCAAGCGGGAGGGAGAGGAGCGUGCCAGCUGAACCACGAUCGAGAGCCUCCUCUUCUUGGAGGAAAAGAGAUCCGCUCAGACGGGUACCCCCAGCACGGAUCCAUCCAGCUUGAGAAACUGCCCCUCGGCACUGAUUCAGUCAUCUGGUCCCGCGGAGACAGCGUCUCCAGACCUGCCCCGAAGAAGAAACUCAGAGUGAGGGGCAAUCCAAAGUCGAUUGCACCUUCAUCAGUUUUUCACAAUGGGACAGACAUCGUUUACACGUACCACGGGAUCAUGCAGAUGCAAGUAGAGGACGACACCUCCCCAUCGAGGAAGGGCAGAAAGGCAAACAUCCGUGUGGUGAGCAGGGGAGCACAGCAGCAGGCGUCAGGAGUGCUCACUGGGUCCAAGUCAGAUCAUCGAAGGAAGAACUUGAAACCUCCAAAAGGAUCACAAGCUAAAGGACAUGCCACAGCUGAUAACACCAUGCCAAAGCCCUGUGUGCCAGAACUGAUUGGCCUCCUGCAUUUCAACCAGACCACCAAUCAGCUCUUUCACUGCAACGGCGUGUCCUGGAAACCCUGGGCACCAACUGAUCAGAUGGUGGGUGCGCAGAUGUGUCCCCAGGGCUGGACCUUUCACAAUGGCCGCUGUUACACCCUCAGCACCGAGCACAAAGUGACAUGGAGCACAGCUAACAGGGCCUGCAGGGAGAGAUAUAAAGGCACGCUUGUGAGUGUUCUGUCUCAAGUCGACAUGGACUGGCUGUGGGACUUUAGUGGAAGAAAACCAUUUUGGAUAGGCCUAAACGACAGAGAGGGCCAAGGCCGUUGGGAGUGGGCAGGUGGAGAGCCCGUCAGCUACACUAACUGGAGAAAGACGCCCCCUCGCUCCAAAAUGAAGGGGAACAAAAAGUGUGUUCUGGUGUGGAGGAGGGCAAAGUGGCAAAUCAGAGACUGCAAGACGAGCAGAGGUCAUCGCUUUGUGUGUUCAGUUAAGACUUGAACUCAGCCGUUGACGUGGCAGCGCAGCUGUGAGCUACUGCAGAGCGGCAGGGGCAGGGACUGAUCCUCAGGACAUUCAAACUGCAUCUAACUGACAGCUUCCCUCAAGGAUCAAUCAGAAGUUUGAUGGAACUGUUCAUAUCAUUUAUAAUGAACUCGGUGCCAAUCAUUGUGUCUGAAAAGUAACCUGCUCAUCCAAGUGACGAUGUUUACACUCCAUUGAUUCUAAUUAACCACUUAAAGUAUUGUUGUGUAUGUAAAGCUCCCAAUAAUCUUUUAUAAUUAUUUCAGACAGGACCAAGGCAAGAUACCCACAGACCCCCUAAAACACCAAUGGCCCUGAAAGCCCCAAAUUCUCUGUGUGAAUUAAAAAUUUCGGGUGAACUAUUCCUUUUACCCUUUGGGUUUCAAUAUUUUUAAUUUAUAUUGUACAUAUUCCUAAAUUAAUUUGUGUUUAAUCAGAUAACCCCAGCCUAAGUGAGACGCAGUAUUCUAUAAGAGGCAUACUGUUAGUCAGUUUAGAUAUUAUACAGUGCCCUUCAUUGGGCAAACAUCUGGUUUAAAGUUAACAUUUCUUCAUUGGGUAUAAGCCUGUGGUGUUGUUGUUGUCCCCGUUUGGAUAAAUUCAGCUCUGUCAAUGUUGUUCUGAUCUGGGGCGAGUGGGUCUUGGGAGCCACAAGGUUCAGCGGCAAUGUGAUUAUCCCCAUCAUGUGAUCUACAGCCGGGGUAUGAAAGAGAGCCUUUUAUAUGAGCUGUAAGCAUUUCUCGGAGGUUUGCAUGCACUGAAAAGACACGCCAGAUCCUCUUCGCCUUGGUAAGUCUAACUAAAACUGGACCGAUGUGUCCUUGACGUGUGUAUGCCGCAGAUUUAUUUCGUAGCGCUUCACAGAAUAAUAGUUUUGUUUCUGCUGUAAAUGAUCCAAAAAAUGUUGUUUGCAUGACUCAGGUGAGCAGCUUUUUGAACAUCAGUCAGUCAGGAAGGAAGUCCUUUAAGUUUUGAGAUUUACACACUUUGACAGAAUGGAGUACUUUGCCGGUUGAUAACGUGCCAUGUGCAUUAGCAGCUACUCAUUUGCAUUACAGUCUCUACAGACAUGAGCUAUGCGUGAGGCAUGGGCUAAACAGUGUUCAGAAUUGUCUUCUAACUAUAAAGAGCAGCUCUAUCUUAACCUUAAUAAUAAUGUAUCUCAGUGUUUAAUCCAUGAUAGGAUGCAGAAUAAAGAGGGCUUUCAGGGACAUAACACACCGUGUGACUGCAGUGUGGGAUUAUUUUCUGUUUCUGCAUUUUUUUACCCCCUUUUUUUCUUAUAUUGCUGAGCAUCAGCCUGUGUUAGAAAGCUAACCAAAGUAUGAGGUAACAGUUGGUCUGAUGUCCCUGAGAAAUAUGACGUGUACUCUGACUGAUGUCCAGGUUAACAUUAAAUGUACCAGUUUCAAAUCGAAUGCAAGCUGUUGGUGUUUUUAUCUCAACUUGAUUGAUGAGACGAGGGGUAUUCAGUUGGUUGCAAUC